AUGUUCGCGUUGACGCGAUUCGUCACUCUCGCUUGUCUCCUUCAGGGGUUUGCGAACGCUGCUCCUCCUGCCCUCGACUAUUCUCUCUCUCGGCGUGAUUUCGCCCUUGAUGGCAAAGUGGCUCAUGCUCGGGACAUCGCCUCGACUUAUGUCGAGAGCGCCAAUGUUGCCCGCGAGGACUUCGGGGCCACUGGCUCUCUUAUCAUGAGGGGCCCUCCUCCUCCUCUUCCGCCUUCUCCUACGCCUGUACCACCGCCAGCUCCAGCCCCCCAUCCUCGUGAUGCGGCGCCUCACCCACCCCCGCCUUCUCCUUCUCCGCCUCCACCGGUUCCUGUUCCUCACCCUCGUGACGCGGCACCA